AUGAAAGGAAAUUAUUCAAACCUAUUGGAGGAAUUAAAUACUGUAAAAUUGUCGGAAAAAAGAAAAUUGGUUUAUUGCAGUUUUAAGGAGAAGUACACAAAUUUGGAAGAAAAGUAUUUGGAAUUAAUAAAAAAUAAAGAAAACGACCUAAAAUCGAUUAAUGAUUUAAAUUUACGCAUGGACAACCUCACAACACAAUUAUCUAGCAUUCUAGCUAACGAAGCCUAUAAUAAGAAACCAUUGUUUGAUGUACGUGAUGAUCAGCUGCCAGAAUUUAAAAAGGAACAUUGCCAACCAGACUCAAAACCAAUUGAUUGCAAAGCAGCUACCAAGUGCUCUGAAAAGAGUGGUUAUUACAAAAUAUAUUUACCAAGAAAUAAAGCAAAACAAAUUAUGGUAUUUUGUGAUAUGGAAAUUGCUGGUGGUAAUUGGAUGCACAUUUUAAGACGCAUUGAUGGUUCGGAAAAUUUUACACGUCCUUGGUCUGACUACGUAAAUGGAUUUGGCAAAGUAGAGGCUGAGUACUGGAUAGGCUUAGAUAAUUCAAAUGCUCUUACCAACAACAAUGGUCGACAGAUAUUAUAUGUUCAUUUAGAAUAUGAUUUAGGAGUGUCUAGUUAUGCUUUGUAUGAUAACUUUUUAGUAGGGGAUGCCACUGAAUUAUACAAACUAAAAUCUUUAGGCAGAUAUGAAGGCACUGCUGUAGAUGGUAUGUCGUAUGUGUUGAAUAUGAAAUUUAGCACCUUCAAUUACGAUCAUGACGAAUAUAGUGGCAAUUGUGCCGCUGAGUACAAAGGUGGAUGGUGGUAUAAGAAGUGUGGACAUGCAAAACCUACUAGUCAAUAUCAAAAAACCGAAUCAGAAACUGGAAUAAAGUGGCACGAUGAACAAUUGAAAAGACAUCAUUAUAAAAUUAUGUAUUUUAUGAUACGAAGUUUUUAA